UAAAAAUUCAGUUAAAAAAUCGCAAUGUUGGUGGUAAAAAUUGUCGCAAUUUUUUUAAUGACAUUGUCGGCCAGUUUUGGUCAAGACGAAAUUCAGGAUCCUAACACUGGAGGACUUCGCUCCCUAGCGUCUGAAAAUCCGGACGACUUUUUUGAUAUUUAUUUGGACUUCCCGGAAGACACCACAAACAUCACCAACAUGUAUUUGAGCUGUCGUUGGGAAAAAAUACCCAAAAUAAAUGUUGCGAGAAGCCUUUUACGUGAUGCGUUGUAAAGUAAUAAUUAAUAAAUUUGAGCAUGUAUUUUGUGUUGUCUAACUUGCCCAAACCCAGUCGAUAAAACAGCGCACGCGUUCUGUGACUGUUUUUUAAAUUGUCGCACCCAAAAAAUGUAUUUGCACGUAAAUUGAGUGAUUUCAACAACAAUUAGCCCUAAAAUUAUGGCUAAAGCCAUCAGUGAGGACAUCCAGACCGGCGUUAAGGAACUAAUAGCUUCAACUACACCGUUUGAGCCGGGCUCUGACCGCUUCAAUUCGUUCGAAAAAUGCGCCCUUUCGACGUUCAAAAAAUCGGACACAAUGUACUUCCUCAACACCAAAGACAUCAAAAGUGCCAUUUGGAGCAUGGCUGAAAAAUUCGCCUUCCAUGGUUUUUUCAAACACUGUGAUUAUUUGAAGAAAAUUCACGAGAAAUACAUUGUCCCAAACCUCCCUGAGUCCGACUUGAACUCCCGUUUGAACGUUGUCAAGUUCCUGUUAUGCAUGUCCCAAAGCCCCACCACACAUUUCUGGAAAACCCCCGAAAAAUUCCAGUUUAUUUGCGACCACCACGAGGACGAAGUCCUCGACUGGGGGGCUUACCUGACCGAGGACAUCGACCGGUGGUCACCUCUCCCGUACCAAAGCUCCGAUUCUGACGAUGAAGCAGCCCCCAUUCACGAGGAAACAACAGUUAAAAGCGCCCCCAGUCGAGUCAUAAUCCCAAUGGCCCCCCAAACCAAAAAAUACAACUUUGAGGAAAGUCGAAAAAUGCUCCUCAACACAAUCCAGGGCGAUUUUUGGUCGAAACCUGUGAUAAUGAAGCCCCCAAGUGACUGGUUUGACGCAAACGUGGGGCUCCUUUGGCACCAACAUUUACAGAAACAAACCGGGGGGCUCAUCGCCCUGCACCCCCUCACUGUCAUCUCCGAGUACAAAGUCAUGAGGGAGAUUAUAUGGCAAAUGUGGGGCCCCCAUAACUCGGCCGUGUUCCAGCUUUUGGGGAACAAGUUAGUACCGAAACGAAAUGUCACCGUAUCGAGCGUCCGUUCGUCCCAUUUUUAUGAUUUCAUGGGGGCUUUCGUGCCCUACAUUGAAGUUUUGGAUGAUUUCCGGCAAUUUUACCGGAAGUCGGGGCCAGAAACGUACAAGAGUUACGCGUGUGGGGUUAAAAAUAUCAUUGGGAGGGUUUUCGAGGAGUUGGUAGCACUGGAACGUGAAAUUACGGUACAAGACACAACUAUGACUCUAAUACUACUGUACCACCGAUUUAAAACAAUAUUUGAGCCAGUUUUUGUCCUCAAAACGAUUCACAACGAGGUCAUUAUUGAUAAUUUUGAGGAAAAAACUCCACGUGAGUGUGCACUAGCACUCGUCACUCGCCUCCGGACGGGUCUAAAAUUUUCACUAAACAAAUUAGAGCAAGAUAUUCGCCUCAGUUUGUACCUGGAAAGUCUUUACUAUUAUUUGUUACUCACAGAGGCCUGGCUUGUUAAAAACGAUCUCUUUGACCACACGAACGAAUUCAUUAUUUUAAACGAUAAUUCGAAUUUUACGCUCCAGGAUGGUAUUCAACAAUAUUGUGAUCAGGACAGUAUUAUUAAAAUAAUCAGUAGAGAAGUGUUGAGUAUGGGGCGCAAUAUGCACUUGUUACGCCUUUUGGGGAAGUAUGAUGUUUUCGCAAAAAAAUCAGAAACAAUUCACCAGGAAUAUAUUAGGCGCCUUUUAGAAGAACUGUGCGCUUACUAUUCGUGUGAACCUCCGAAUAUUCAGGUUGAAAGCCCAAAAUUGCGCCCAGUGGUCACUAGUUUUGAUUUGAACGGAAUGGGGGAUUGGACUAAUUAUGUCGACACGACAGAUGGCUUCUUGAUGGAAGCAUUUAGUGAUUUUUUCUACGAGAAAGAGGAAGUUCCUAAACACGACACUCUUUUUGAAAAAAUAAGUAAAAUCACGACGAACUUAUUUCCAUUUCGUUCACAUCCUGAGAAAAUUUUCCUCGAAAUUAUGAAGGAAAGAUUUAAUAUUUCAGGUCUUAUGGUUAAGAAACUCCUAAUUGAGAAAUAUAGUCUGGAUAAACAGUUUGAUUUUUUGAAUCACAUUUUUUUAUUUUGUGACGAUCUAAUAUUUCCGUUUUACCGCCGCCUUUUUGAGAAAAUGAAUCUACGUCACAGCAAUUGGGGAAAUGGUGUGCUGUUGACCUCACACCUCCAAGACUGUCUUAUGGACCCCUAUCCAAAUUUCUACGAAGAUUGCACUGUUCAAAUCAAGGAUACGUGGAAACAAUGUCGCGACUCGCUCAAAGCCUGCUCUCUUUUAACGCUCCAAUACGAAAUCAAGUGGCCUCUGAACAUUAUCAUAACAAAUGAACAAGUAAAUAUGUAUAAGGAAAUAUUCGAAGUUGUUUUGCAGGUCAAGUGGGCGCUUUAUACCGCCAAUCAUCUGUCUUUCACGGAAAUCGAACCAAAGAACAAAUCUUUCAAAGCUGUUGCCCCUAAAUCGACAAUAAAGCGUCUCAAAUACCUCCGUUUCAACCUGAUCAACAUUUUAAACACCAUCAACCACUAUUUGUUCGGUUUCGUGUUCACCAAACACCGAAUCCAGUUCGAAUUGGAUUUCGAAAAGUCGAACGAUCUCAAAUCAUUAAUAACAUCCCACGAGGAGUUUAUCACUUCCGUUUACCGCUCGGUGAAGAAGAUUCGAGACGAAAGUCGAAAUAAUCACGGUUUUAAUACGCUUCUGAAAAGUGUGCGAAUGCUGAAAGUGAUGUGGAAUCAAGCCGAUUAUGCGACCGCCGAAAACCUAAAUAAUUGCCAUAAAAUCUUCAAAUCGUCGCUUGAAGUUGUUAAUCCCAUUUUUGUUUACUGAUUAAUAAAGAAUUAUUUUUGAUUAAA